AUGGGGAGCACCGAAGAGUCAAUCGAGUUCGAUGUCUUGAUUAUUGGCGCCGGGUUGAGCGGUAUCUUUGCCCUCCAUCGCAUGCGAGGCUUAAACUUGCGAGCACGAGUUCUAGAAGCUGGAUCCGGAGAAGGCGGGACUUGGUACUGGAACAAGUAUCCUGGGUGCAGGUUCGACUCAGAAAGCUACACCUACCACUUCACUUUCUCCCAAGAAGUUUUAGAUGAAUGGGACUGGACGGAACACUUUGCCCCACAGCCAGAGACGUUGCGAUAUGCCCAAUUUCUCACCGACAAGUUCAAGCUGCGAGAUGGCAUGCAAUUUGAUACCAAGAUGAAGACCGCCCACUGGAAUUCAGAUCGUUGGGUCCUCACAGAUUCGAACGGCAACACUUACAGCUCGAGGUUCCUCAUCACGGCAAUGGGGAUCCUCAACGAUCCCACGUUGCCAAACAUUCCCGGAGUCGAAACGUUCCAGGGGGAAGCGUUCCACACGUCGAGAUGGCCUGAUCAGUGGAGCGUGGAUGGCAAGCGAGUCGGCAUCAUUGGAACUGGUGCCACAGCAAUCCAGAUCAUCCCCGAGCUACCAAAGUUGCCUUUGACAAGCCUGACUGUCUUCCAAAGAACUGCGAAUUGGUCUGCGCCUCUUCGCAAUGACAAGAUCAGUGCAGAAGAAAUGGUCGAGCUCCGAAAAGAGUACCCUGAAAUACACCAUGCUUGCCUGGACUCUGGGGCUGGGUUCCGCUUUUCACUCGACACGCGCAAAACGCUCGAAGUGCCUGAAGACGAACGCAUCGCAUUUUGGGAAGACAUUUAUACUCAAAGAGGUUUUGCUAAGUGGCUGGGUUCUUUUGCCGAUCAUCUGACAGACAAGGAGGCAAACAAAGCGUACAGUGAUUUCCAUGCCAACAAGAUUCGGCAGCGAGUCAAUGAUCCUGCCGUCGCUGAGAGGCUGAUACCCAAGAACCAUGGCUUUGGGACGCGACGGUUGCCACUCGAGACACACUACUUUGAAGUUUACAACGACCCUCGAGUUCGACUCGUGGACUUCACUGCGGACAGUCCAAUCGAGAAGAUCACACCGAAAGGCGUGGUCCUUACAUCCGGAGAAGAGAUUGAACUAGACGUACUAGUGUACGCAACCGGAUUCGACGCAAUCACAGGGUCGCUGACGAGAGGAAUCGACCUUCGAGGUAAAGAUGGCGUUUCUCUAACCGAGGCCUGGGACGACGGUAUCAAGACUUUUCUUGGACUGUUCGUGAAGGGGUUUCCCAACAUGGCCAUGAUCAUGAGUCCGCUCAGGCUUUCGGGAAUAUCCCUCGAAGUAUCCAGUUCGCGGUUGAAAGCAACCGACGAAGGCGUCGAAAAAUGGACAGAUCAUGUCAUUGAGUGUUCGAAAGGACUGCUAGCGAACGAAGUCGAUGGUUGGCUGACUGGCGUGAAUAAGAACGUGGCGGGGAAGCAGAAGAGGAGCAUCGUUAGGUAUAGCGGUUCUGGUCCGCUGUAUCGUAAGACGGUGAACGAUGUUGCAGACCGCAACUGGGAGGACAUGGAAAUGAGACGGCUGUGA